AUGAUCUACGAUUUCUGGUCAGUAAUUGUUGUUCUAAGUAUCAUAUCAAAGUCAUAUUCAACGAACUUUGAUUCAAACUCUUACAAUGCAAAUACAACUGAAAACCGAUUUCUCGACGAUGAUCUUCCCGCCACCUCAUUAGAUUUAUCAUUUGUGAGGAAUUCCAUUGGAACCAUCUCCCUUCAAGUCGGUCUAUCAGAUGGAUCGAUUCCAGUGGAUGACGUCAUCGCAGAACUUCUAAAUAUUGAAUCGAAAGAUUUGAAAAAUCUGGAGACUUUCAAGACCCAGUAUUCAGAGCUACUUUUCCUCAAGCUCGAAGAUUUUACACAAUCGGGCAAGGUGAACGAUGUGAAGGAAGCGUUGGUCAAAAUGUUUGAUCUUAAGGAACUUUGGAAAUCGGUUGAUUUAAGCCGGUUGCCAGAUGAAGUAUCCUACAAAAGUUUAGAUGAUCUGAAAACGAUGGAUGUUUCUGGACUCGAGAAUCUCAAAAUCGCUGAUAUGCAGAGUUUACUAAAAAAUGAUAGUCUGACGGAUUCCGAAGUGAGCAAGUUGAAUUCAUACCUUGAUGAUCUGCUAAUGGCAGUUUCGUCAUUACCUGCACUCUCUUACACUCCAAUAGUGGAAAAGUUGAAGCCACUAUCUUCAUUAGGAAAAGUGUUGAACUUAUACGAUGAUUAUGGUAUAAUCUACAAUAAUGGCAUGCAGCCAGAGAAUCAAGAUGCCUUGAAAACAGAUUUCGAAGCUCUGAAAGAACUCAAGGAAAUAGGUGGAGAAUCUUCCCUCGAUGUGAUUUCUCGAUUCGUUUCCUCUCGGUUCAUGCGUCAUCGGACCAAUAUCACCUAUACUUCUGGCUUUAUCAACGGUUUCAAAGAUGUAGAGACUCUUAAAGCUGAUAGAUCAAACGAGUGGAUUCGAGAAGUUGUAAAGUAUGAUUUGAGUUCUUUGGAGUCAUUUGUUAGGCUUGGAAUGGAGUUGAUUAACUUGGAUGGGCAUUGGAAAUCCGUGUCUACGUACAGCACAUUAUCAUCGUUAAAACUCAUUUCUGAACUCUGGAAACUUAUCGGUAGGUUGACUCGAGAUUCGCCAUCUCAGAAUGACAUUGUGACAGUGAUGAAUGAACUCACAGAUUGUCCUAGUGCACUCUCUAUAGGCGCUGUCAGCGAAAAGAUUAACAAAGUGGCUGGAAACGCUGGAAUCCUAUUGAAGAAGAUAUCAGCUAUUGAGAGAAUUCAGGAUACCGAGGAAAUUUAUCAAUUUCCAAGUUCGACCAUACUUAUCCACGGACACAUCCAAAGAAGAACUAAAGACGUUGAGAAGGAACUUGCUGAUCUUCGAAUUGUGAACGAAGGAGUCCCCAUUUCUGAAAUUGAUAUGAUGCCCACGGAAUCGGCUAACAUAAUACGUUUCAAGGAUAGGUUUCCAGUUCAUAUUGCUGCAUUCGAUUGUAUCAGAGACUUGGAAAAUGGAUUUGAGAAGGUCGCCUCAGCUGCUCGAGCCUUGAUGAAGAUUGAUCAAAUUCAAAAGAAUCACACAAUUAUGAAAGAUGUUCAAAACACAUAUGAGGCGACCUCAGAAUCGGCUAAGAUAUUGUACAUCAUCAGACUAGUUCUUAUAGACAUCAAAACAAGUAUGGAUCCCAAACUCACAAAUUUGACAGAUCUCAAAAAUGUAUCAAAGCCAUUUGGAGAAGCUGUAGCGGCUCUUGUUCUGUCAGAUGCCGUUUCCAAAAGAUCUUUGGAUUUCGAAACGUUUGUGAACAAUGGAUACUCGAUUGAGAGCCACGUGGAUAAUGGUGGAGGUGACAAAUUCAAAGAGGAGUUUAGAGCAGAAUGGGGUGACUUUCCAACCACAGCACGUGAUAUCAAUUCAAUGUUUGUUGGAAUUACAAACUGGAUGGAGACAAUCAAGGGACCCAACGCGACGCUACCCCUCGAAGAAGUCGGACUGCUUUACGAGAACCUUACGGAUUUCGUUGACGUUGAUUUGAUGACUCUUCAACGAUUAAAUGCCAUUUAUAGAACCGAAAACGAACAAUCAGUCACAAUUGAUAAGAAGCUGUUGGAAGAGUUCAAAAAGUCCCUUCUGGAUUUGUCGAAACUGGAUUUGAAGUUCGCGAGAUUUCAAAGUUCUGUAACCCAAAUGCCAGAGACACUCGAUCUUCUGCUGAAUAUUCUUUAUGGGGAAGUGAUUGAACCGUUUACAGAGAAGCCGUUGCAUGACAGGUUGGCAUUUUUAGGUUUUUUAUUGAUGACAUACCCAUUUCUAUUCGGUUUUUUAACAAUGGUUUUCUUUUCAAUCUGUUCCGUACGGUCCAGUUAUCGUAAUGUGAAAAAGUCCUACAAAAACGACAUACAACGUCGGAACGAUAAAAAAGUAGAUGCGGAUGAAUCUGAAGACGAUGAGCUUUCUGAAUUUGAGUAUGAUUAUGAGGAAAUAAUGGAUAAGUAUGAGGAGAUGCCAGAAUCUGUGCACGAAGAUCAUGAACAGAUAACCGUUAGAGAAAGAGCGAAGGCACCCGAGUCUUUAGAUUCUGAAACUGAAGAUUUGUCACCAGAUUUUUUAGAACUUUAUGCACUUUAUGGUCAUGAUAAAGAUCCUGAAGAACCUUCUCGUCCAUCAACUGACGAAUAUUGGAACAUCUUCUAG